GUAAUCACUAAACCUAAAUACCGACUGUGUCUUCUUUAAUACAAGCGUCACUUCUUUCAGUAUUCCAGCAAUCUGGGGUUCUCGUUUUCGUAUGGCUCCAAAACUGAAACCGAAGCCGCCGCCGUCUGCGCCCGCCGCCUCUGUGGAGGAUCUGUUCACUUCACUCAAUCGGCACAUCAAAGGAUCAGAAUACCGGCAAGCCGUCAAAGUUGCGGAUCAAAUCCUCGUUGCUGCGCCUGGGGAUGAGGAUGCAGUUCAGUGUAAAGUAGUGGCAUUAAUCAAAGAUAAUAAGGUAGAUGAAGCUCUUGAGAGUAUAUACGAUAACUCCAAGAGGGCUUCUAUUGAUUUCACCUUCUUCAAGGCAUAUUGCUUAUAUCAACAAAACAAGUUUAGCGAAGCUUUGGAGACUCUGAAAGGGAAUGAGGAAAACUCUGCAAAAAUGCUAUUGGAAUCUCAAAUUUUAUAUCGACUUGGAAAAGCAGAUGAAUGUGUUGAUAUUUAUCGCAAACUCCAGAAGUCCAAGAUAGACUCACUGGAGACGAAUAUGGUUGCAUGCUUUGUUUCUGCAGGAAGAGCACCUGAAGUGCAGGGUUAUUUGGACUCUAUCAGAGCUAAACCGACUAGCAGUUUUGAGUUGGCAUUCAACACUGCGUGCUCAUUAAUUCAGAAUCAGAAGUACAACAAUGCUGAACAAUUGCUACUUUCAGCGCGGAGAAUUGGCCAGGAAGUGCUUAUGGAUGAUAAUGUACCCGAUGACAAGAUUGAAAUGGAAUUAGCACCUAUAUCUGUUCAAUUGGCAUUUGUUCAGCAGAUUCUUGGAAAAGAAGAAGCGAGAGAAUCUUAUACUGAUUUUAUCAUAAGAAGGUUGGCAGAUGAGGCUUCACUCGCAGAAGCAGUGAGUGAGUCCUCGCUUGCAGUAGCAAUAAAUAACCUCAUUGCUUUGAGAGGUCAUAAAGACGUUUCAGAUAGUCUGAAGAAGCUUGAUUUACUUAUAGAGAAAAGUGAUGAUGGGCCAUUGAGGUUCCGGCUUGCCCAAGGACUAGAAUUGAAGCUCUCUCCAAAGCAGAGGGAAACCAUAUAUACCAAUUGGGUGCUAUUGCUACUUCAUUCUAAUAAAAUGGACAAGGCUCGAGAACUAGUAGCUGCACUUCCCGGAAUAUUUCCCCACAGCGUGGUCCCCACACUUCUCCAAGCUGCUUUACACGUUAGGGAAAAUAAGGCGGUUAAAGCAGAAGAAGUGCUAGGGCAGUUCGUGGAUAAAUUCCCGGAGAAGUCGAAGGUGGUCUUGCUGGCAAGAGCACAGAUCGCUGCAUCUGCAGGCCACCCUCAAGUUGCAGCAGACUCCCUUGGCAAAUUACCUGAAAUCCAACACAAGCCCGCGACAGUUGCAACACUAGUCUCUCUCAAAGAGUGGGCAGGGGAUAUCGAUGGGGCUGAUUCAGUCUUUAAUGCCGCAAUAGAAUGGUGGUCAAACUCCAUGACUGAAGAAGACAAUAAUAACCUCAACAUCAUCACACAAGAGGCUGCUGGAUUCAAACACCGGCACGGGCGGAGGGAAGAGGCUGCCCGGCUGUAUGAGGACUUAGUCAAACGCCAUGGGGGUAUGGAUGCUUUGGUCGGGCUGAUCCAAACGACUGCCCAAUUAGAUGCUGAAAAGGCAGAAGCUUACGAAAAGAAGCUGAAGCCUCUUCCAGGUUUACAGGCGGUUAAUAUUGACACUCUGGAGAAAACUUCAGGUGCUAAGAAUGUUGAUGACGGGCCCACACGCAUGGUUCCAGAAUCAUAUGAGACAAAGACUAAGGAGAAGCCAAAGAAGAAGAGGAAAAGAAAACCUAGAUACCCUAAAGGUUUUGAUCCAGCUAAUCCAGGCCCACCACCAGAUCCAGAGAGAUGGCUUCCGAAGAGAGAGCGGUCAAGCUACAGGCCGAAGAGGAAGGACAAAAGGGCAGCUCAAGUAAGAGGGUCACAAGGUGCAGUGGUCAAAGAAACCUUGGGUGGUAGCACUUUGAAACCUAACCAAACUGCUGCCAAUCCCAAAGUAGGCUCUCAGAAUGUUAAUGUAGAGCAUGCAAGGUCUUCAAAGUCAUCUAAGAAGAAAUCAAGAAAAUAAAGUUUAUGUGGAAAACCUUCAUUUGAAGGUUGAUGGUCUAUUCUGAAUGUACUUUGUUGCCUUUUGGUGUUGGACACUUGGAUUGGAGACUCAAUUUUUAGCUAAUAUUGUUGUAUGCUGGUCUGCUGGAGUCAUCCUGAUUCAAAGAACCUGGCACAUUCUGAAUUUCUGACAGUAACA